AGCCUCAGGCAAACACAGGUGCUUCUUACACUCGUAUACAAACAGAAUACAGCAGAACGUAGGGUAUUUAAAUGAAAUAUAAAUUAAAAAAAGGUACAUUUUCUGACGGUUUGUACUUAUGAAAGUUGUGUAAGGACAAUAUUGAAUACUUUAAUAUAAACUCGUGCUAGAAUUGUCGAAAUAUUUCUAAGCUAUGUUAGCUAGGCUAUGCUAGCCGUUUGCUUAUUUCCUACAGUUAAAGCUAUUUUCUUUCAGGGUCUAACAGCCGUCCAUUGCUCCUUUUUUCUGUUAAAAACUAGCGUUGUUGUUCGGCUUAAAUGUACUGUAUAAAACCUCAAAACAUUCUGUCUAGGUAUUAUAAUACAUAUUGAGUUAUAAAUACCUUAUUUAGCCGACAACGUUUUAUACGAAGCUUUUUUUGUUGUGUUUAACACAGUGUUGUAUUUAGCAACUGUAUCAGAUAUAUACAGUUAUUAGCAUGUUGUAUGCAUAUAUUUGCGUUUAUAUCUCCAUUUAAAGCAAAUGGGGGGAUUUAUUAUUUAUUUAUUAUUUGCCAAAAUUGAUUCAGCUGAUAAACAUGAGGAAAAUAUACAACUCUAAAUUAAUAUGGCUGCCCCAAGACAGAAAGUGUUUCUGUUUUUGUUGUUGUUGGGGUUUUUUUUUUACAAGUAUUUAAUUACAUAUUAUACAUACAUAUUUAAAUCAGUCUACUUUAAUUAGGUUUAACAGAUAUUUUUGCUUAAUUAUGAUAAAAUGUCAAUUGAUUAUUCUAGCACUUUUGUGGUUCUCAGACAGAGUUUGUUGGUAUUUGUUUGAACAUUUUAAAUAGUGUCAGAAAGUAGACUUAGUCUAGUUUGCCAAAUGUAAACAUUACUUGAAGCCAGGCACAAAGAACUUAACCAUACUUUUUGUCUGGUGUAUUUAAUUUGGACUUAAUCAUUUACUUUGCGUUGGAUCAGGUGGUUUGGAACCUGUGGUGUAUUUUAUUAGCACUUUCAAAGCCUAAAUCAUAUCAUGUCAUAAAGCCUUUGCACACAGCCCUCAGUAGUACAUUGAGGACAAAAACUACAAGCCCAAAGUCAUUGGCCAUUGGAACAGCGUGUGUCGUCUCCUGCUGUGGUAACAAAUCCACAGGAGGACACUUGUUCUCAAAGCACACAGUGCCCUGAAAGUGCAGGGUUGUUUCCAGGCUGAGGAAAUUAGUAAUUUUUUAAUCUGAAUGUUGCCUGAAGAAAUCCAGACACAUUAACAGGAUUUUCUCUUUUAAUUAAAUGGAACAAAGUACACUAUAAUGAAUGUCAAGAUCAUCCAUUAAAAUUACUUAUAAAUUCUCCAUACAACAUGUGUUGAUCCUUUGUUCUGUAAUGAGAAAAAAGUUAAGCCGCAUUUCAAAGUACUUAUCAGUUUCUACACUGGCACAAGUAAUAUAACACUACAGAUGUAUUGUAAUGAACAAACACAGUUUUAUUUUCCACUCAACAGUAACCAGUACAAAUACGACAGUGUUUGUUGAAGGUUUCUGUUGUAGUGUAAUUACCUCUCAGGGAUGGAGGGAGACGAGUCGGACGCUUCUCUUGACCUGAGCCACCUGUCAGAACAGGAGCAGACCGUUAUCCUCAGGGUCUUAGAACGAGACCUUGAAUUGCGCCGUCUUGACGAAGGACGUGUGAGGGUCCUGGAGCAGACAGAGUCUGAUCCAGUACGUCUGAGAACCCUGUCAGGAACAUGGUUCAGUGAACUACGCAGCAAGCGUCACCACAGCCAGAAGUCCGGCAGUGACCUUGUCCACACCACCAUUCGCCACAGAAGGACCAAGAGCAGAGCAGAUGUAUCCCUGACUGGACUGUUUAAUGGAACAACGCCACACGACGACAGCUCAUCAGAGGCAGAGAGUAGACUGAAGGACAACAGAGAGCAGGCGAACGGAGGGAAUUUAAAAACAAGAACAAAAAGCCCUGUAGUGCAGAGUCUCCAUCACACUAGCAGCUCAGCGUCGUCCUCCAAAGAAAGGAGAAACACAUGCCACUCAGAGGAAACUGAGGAUGACUUUGACUGUUUCAAUGGGGACACUGACUCACUGAGCAGCAGCCUGACGGAGCCAGAGCCAGCUUCUCAGAAAACCAGCAGCUCCAACAGCAGUCUGCAUUCAGGCUACACUCUCGGUGGGAGCAUGAUGAGUUUGUUCAGCUCAGGAGAUUUUGGAGCGGUGGACGUGACGGGCCAAAUCCAGUUCUCAUUGGUUUACGAAAGCCAGAAGGAGGAGCUACACGUCAGGGUGUACCGCUGCGAGGACAUAGCCUCAGUACGCAAGAAACGCUCUGACCCAUAUGUUAAAACCUACCUCCUACCAGACAAGUCGAACCAGAGUAAGAAGAAAACUUCUGUGAAGAAGAAAACACUCAACCCUGUGUAUGAUCAGACACUCAAAUAUAAAAUGAAGAUUAACGAGCUGCGGAGUCGGACGUUGAAUCUGUCGGUGUGGCACGACGAGCCACUUGGGAGGAACGUGUUUCUGGGUGAGGUGGAGGUUCCUCUGAGCCACUGGGACUGGACCUGCACUGAGCCGCUUUGGCAGACCCUGCAGCCACGGUGCAAUUUAAAUCCAGACUCUAUCAGCAGCCGUGGGACCAUCAUGCUCUCUGUUAAGUUCAUACCGAGUGGAUCAGAGGGCUGUGGUUUGCCACUCACUGGAGAGCUUUACAUCUGGCUCCGAGAAGCUCAGGGUCUCCUCUCCAAUAAAGGAGGUGCCAUAGACUCAUUUGUUAGAAGCUACAUACUGCCAGAUGCCAGUAGACAAAGUGGCCAGAAGACACGGGUGGUGAAGCGCUCCAUCAGCCCUAACUACAACCACACCAUGGUGUAUGAUGGCUUCCACACCAGUGACCUGAGGGAGGCCUGUGCUGAGCUGACAGUGUGGCAACGUGAAGGGUUAAAGAGACACGUGUUGGGUGGGAUUCGUCUGAGCUGUGGCACUGGUCAGAGUUAUGGGGAGCCUGUCACCUGGAUGGACUCCACGGAACAGGAGAUCGCUGUGUGGAACUCCAUGAUUGAAAACCCAAACCACUGGAUCGACACAACACUGUCGAUCAGAACAGACCUGGCUGUACGAUCAGACUGACACAAUCUGCUCACAUAUGUAUAAUUAAAACCCAGACUGAAGUAACUUUCUGCACUAAAGCACAUUAAACCUUUACACAUUUAACCUCUGUCACUAUGUUGCAUAAACAUGAACUGUAAACACACACAUCUUCUCAUAAACCAACACACACACUUGGAGUAUUGCAAUAUGCCCACCUUGAUAUUUACAGUAUACACAUAUCCCUUAAAUUUGAUUAAUCUGAGUGAUAUAUGUUCUGAUUUAUUUACUGAAGAAAAUGUAUGACGUUCUUUUAAACUUUUAAGACUGAUCAUGUAGUUAUGCUCUGUGUAAUGUUUAGAGUUUGUAGUACUAUUACGUCAUUGAAGUGCCCACAGGGAAUGACAACUGCUUUUUGCCAAUGUUUUACCUGACUACCACCUUGUGGUCAGAAAAUGAAUUUGUUCUGUGGGCUAAGAACAACUUCAGGGCUACUGAUGACAUAUUAAAUGUUCAAAUUCUUUUCUUUUUUUC